GUGGCGCUGGUGCUGCGGACGGGGCUUUAAAACCAAGAGGAAGCGCAGCGCUCCGUGCAGCUUGUGAGGUACCGCGGCUCUCUGGGCUCCUGUACUGGGUCAGCAGAACCUGCGGGCGGUUCUGGUUCGGGAUGGACAGUGAAAUCCAGCGGGACGGGAGAGUCCUGGACCUGACCGACGACGCCUGGAGAGAAGACCGGCUGCCGUAUGAAGACGUCUCCAUUCCUCUGAGCGAGCUUCCAGAGGCCGAGCAGGACAACGGAGGGUCCACAGAGUCUGUUAAGGAGCAGGAGAUGAAGUGGACCGACCUGGCCCUGCAGAGCCUGCAUGAAAACACACCGAGCUGUGGAAGCUGAGGCCGACCCAACCAGAACCGGACUGAACAUCUGAACAUGAAUACCGCAGCAAGACUUUCAGUUUGUUCGCUUUGUAAGAACAAAUAAAUGUUGGUUCUGCUUCUAUCAGA